AUGUCAUGCUUGUGCCCUAUACCUAUUCGCACUGUGCAGGUCGUCGUUUCAACUGCGGCCACAUAUCAAAAAGUCGCAUAUGCCAGUUCCAGCAUCUGGAUAGUAUCGUUAAGGGCUUUCGGGAUUUAUCCGGUUACAAUGGUCAUUGUCGUCGGUGAUCAAUGGCGACAUCAUUAUCAGCGCUUGGCGGUGACUCUUAUCAAAGGGAGCUGUGAUGAUUGGAUACUGUGGAGGCUCGGAACACUAGUUUUGGGACUAGCUUGGACUGGCCUCGUCGCUGUCUCCGCAGAUGUGCAACUCACGUUCGGUGCUGACGGACCCCUGAUAAUAUUACAAGGUGAUUUGUCCAGUUAAGCAAUGUAGCGCAACGGAGGCAAUCCCAUGAGUCAGUUGGGGGUGAGCAGGCCCACUAAGGGGAUGAGGGAAGCUGGAAUAUC